AUGUCAUUAUUACCACCAAUAUAUUGUCUAUCUGUAGUGAGCAUACAUCCUUUAUCUGGUAAAUCAUCAUUAUGUAAACGUUUAAUUGAUACAAAUAUUGAUAAUUAUCAAUUAUUUCUAUCAAACAAUAAUAAUAAUAAUAAUAAUCAUAAAAAUUCUUCAUGGUAUUAUUGGGGUUCAAUAAAACAUCGACGUUUAGAUGAACAACGUGAAGGUAUAUUUCAUCUCAUUGAACAUUCAUCAAUAUCUAUUGUAAAUAAUGAAUUAAUUGAUAAUUAUUUAAAACGUAUAUCAACAUUAACAUUACGUAUUGAAGAACAAUUAACUAUGGAAAAAAAAUUUUUUUCAAAAGAUAAAAUAAAUAUUAAUGGAUUUUUAUGUAUAUAUGAUUUAUCAUCAAAUAAAUCAAUAUCAGAUUUUUUAAUACUUCUUCAUACUUUAUUAAAAACUCGUCGUUCAAUUAUAAUUGUAACAACUAAAAAUGAUUUAAUUACUAAUCAAUCAAAUAUAUCACUUGAAUUUGAACAAUCUAUUCAUUAUUCAUUACCAAAUAUACCUAUUAUACAUACAUCAGCACAUGAACAUAUUAAUAUACAAUCUGUACUUGAACUUGCUCUAUAUGCAUGUGAUGAAACAACAAAAAAAACUUUUUAUAAAAAAUAUAUACCACCGAAUUAUACAGAUGCAUAUAAAAAUGAACAAUCAUUAAAACAUAUUAUACAAACGGAAUAUCGAGGAUUAUUAAAUCGACAUGUACCAGAUUUUCGUAUUGGUUCAUGGGAAAAAUUUUAUGAUCGAUGGCAAAAUCAUACAAGUAUACAAACAUUUAUUGAUAUGUUUGGUAAACAACAAGCAAAAUGUUUGUACAAUGAACAUAUAGAAGAAUUAAGAAAAACAUUGAGACAAAAAUUAAUUGAUGAAAGAUUAAUACCAAUUAUUGAAAUGUUUUUAGGAGAUCAAAAAUCGAAAAUAUCAAGAAAUUGGGAUUAUGUACGUUUACAAAUGCAAAAACAUCCUCAAUAUUCUUCAACUGUGAUACCAUCAUCAAUGUGGUCAGAUCUUGAACGUAAUAAUACAAAUAAAUCUCUUAUUAUUCCUGAUGAUUUACUUGAUACAUUUGAAGCUCGUCUUCGUUUUGAAUCAUAUAUAAAUAAUCGUCAAAUUGAACAAACACGUCGAAUAAAUUGUCGAUUAUUUUUUGAUUUAUUAAAUCGUUUUUCUAAUGCUGGUCUUGUUCAUUAUGGUGAUUCAUAUGAUAAAGAUUGUGUUUAUUUUUUGGGUCGUGAAUGUUAUGAAUCAUUAAAUGGACAAGAUCGUUUACGUAUAUUUGCAUUACAUCAAUCAUAUCUUUAUCGUUUAAUAUGUUUACAAUUUGUUGAAUUAUUAUUUGAAUCAUUAGAAAUAUUUAUAAAUACAUUUGAACAAAUGAAUUUAGUAACAAAACUAAAUAAUGAUAGAAAUUUAAAUAGUAGAAAAAUGACAGCAAUUACAAUUGAUGAUAUAUUUAAAAAAGAAAUUAUUCAACAAAUAAAAUAUGAUUUAAGAUAUCAAUCAUUAAAUACACGUGAAACUGAUCGUCAUCGUUUAAUAAUGUGUCAUUGUCAUUUUCUAUAUGAUUGUAUUUAUUAUCCAUGUUUAAAUAUUAAUCAAUUAUUAAAACAACGUCGACGUUCAUAUAAACGAAGAAAAUCUUCAUCAAUAUCGUUAUUUAGUAAUAUGAAUGUUGAUGAUAAUUUUUGUCCAUAUACAAGAAAAAUUUUAUCAAAUAUUAAUGAUGAAAAUGAAGGAAAAGUAAUAAAAAAAUUUGAAAUUGGUUGUCCAAUGGAAAAUAAUUGUGCUGAUAUUCGAAUUGUUAAUGAAAUUUUAACAAAAUUAAAAUUAAAAAAUACGAACAAGAAUGUUUUAAUUUGUGGAAAUGAUAUUGAUGUUACUCAUUUUUUUCGAAUAUUAUCUAAUGGUUCAUUUGAUUCUCAAAUAAAUUUUCUUAUACUAAAAAAUCUAAAAUUUCAAAUUAUUGAUGGAUGUUUUUUUGUAUCAUCAAAUUCUCAACAAAUUUUACAAGAUUUUAUUUCUCAAAAAAAAAUUCAUUUAAAUAUUGAGCAUAUACCAAUUGUGGAUCUAUAUUCUCAAUGUGAUAGUAAUUCUAUAUCGAGCAUUUCAAAUGAUACAAUAAAAUCAUCACUUGAACAUCUUUUAUUCUAUGAAGAAUCUUCAAAUAUAGUACAAAAACCUAUUUAUCUUCGUAUAUUACUUUGUUUUAUGUGUGGUGGUGAAACUAAUGAUAUUGAAAUAUUUUCUUCUCAAUUAUCUUCACGUUUUUCUUUUAUGAUUAAUAAUCAAUCAUCAUUUGUAAUUAAUACUUAUCUAGAUCAAUCGAAUCGAAAAAUUGAAUUUAUUCCUGUAUCAUUUCAUUCGUUAUUUGCAAUUAAACUAACCGAUUUCGAUGGAUUUAUUUUAUUUUAUGAUCGAGAUCGAAAAGCAGGUUUCAAUACAAUGAUAUAUUUGGAAAAAUAUAUUUCCGUAAAAUUAAAAGAAAACAAUAAUGAUAAUGAAAAUACAAAUGGAACAAUAAUCACAUAUUCACCUAUUUAUAUUCUAUCGUGUGUAAAAGAACCAAUUUUGUCAAAUACAAGAAAAUUUGUAAAUGAUACUCGACGAACAGAUUAUUGUCGUCAAUGUCAUAGUGGAACGAUUAGAAAUUUUGUUGAAUCACAUCUUGUAUCAUUUCUUAAUCAAUGUUCGAUUAGUAAAUAUAAAAAUACAACUAGUAAUGAUCAAUAUCAAACGGAAGAACUUCUUGCUGGUGUCACAUCUUAUUUCGAUCGUGCUACUCAUCCAUCUACUAAUGAUAUAAUCAUACAUAAUCUUGAACAUAUACAUGAACCAAUAAUUAACAAUAUCAACAAUGAUCAAAUGGUUUCAUUAACACCAUUAACUAAGUCAAAUGAAGAUUCUCCGAAAAAUCAUCAUUCAUUAUCAACUCCAACCAACCAUGAGCAAAAUUUUUCUUAUCAAUCAUAUCCUUAUGUAUCCAAUUCAACCAAUGGUACAGAUUCAACAAUUGUUCCGACAACACCAGUGGAUCCAUCAAUACCUAAUCUAUUGUUUAUUUCAUCCACAAAUUCAAUAUCAGAUUAUCAACGUCAUUAUUUUCAAAAAUCAACUACUAUGCGUUUUGCUAAACUAAUUGAACAUCCAAGUAAUAUCAGCAAUUAUGGCUCAUCACAAUAUAAUACAAAUUUAUUAGCACGUCAAAAAAUCUCAGAAGUUGAAGAAAUGAAAUAUCAUUUAUAUAAACAUCGAACUGCUGCUCAUGUUAAAGUUCCAUUAGCAACGCCAGAAAUAAUUGAAUUAAAUGAAAUAAUACCAUUUUCAAUUCAAGAAUAUUAUGAAAAAUCAUCUCUAAUAAUCAAUAAUAAUAAUAAUAAUGAUAUUAUCAAUUCUUCAUCAUCUAUUAUUAAUAAUAGUACUAUUGAUGAAUCGAUUACAGAUUCAUCAAAACAAACUAGGAUAACUGAUUCAUCUAUUGAUAGUUCAAGUGAUGAGCACUUACGAACAUCAACAAAUGCACACAAUGUUGUUGUUCUACAAAGAAAAGUAUCUGAUAGAAAAAUAAAACGUAUACGAGCUAAACAAAAUGAUAUAACAGGUUCAGCAUCAAGUAGUGAAGUUCUAAAAAAACCUGGAUCUGAUGAUGAUAUUUUAAAUGACGAUGAUAAAUGUAAUCAAAAAAAGAAACGGCGACCAAGUUUCAAACGACGAAAGAAAAAUAUUAAUGAUCAAACACAAACAGAUUCAGGAAUUGAUUCUAGAAUGGAUUCAAAAGAUUCAAAUAGAAUUCAUAAUACUCCUGAACCUUCCACAAGUAUUGUCAUAUCGAAUGAAGAAGAUUCAAGUGUUGGUGAAUGUACAAAAGAUAGCAAAAAUGCAUCCAUUGAAGAACUUGAAGAACGACCAACAGCUAAUUGGAUUCGUCGUCAAUUACAAUAUUUUGCUCAAGCUAGACGUGAAAAAAGUGAACUGAAAGCUCGGUCUCCUGCUCUAACAACAGUAUGUUCUCCUUCUCUAUUGAAAACAACAAUGACAUCAAUUCAAUUUCAAUCACAUCAAUUCAUUUCUCCAUUUUCAUCUCUUGAAAAUUCUCAUCAACAUGUUCCAAUUCGUUUAAAACUUAGUCGUUGUAUAUUGUCAAAUGAAACAGGCAUACCAUUAUUCGUUGAAAAAUGUAUUCUAUUUAUUGAACAACAUGGUUUAACAAUUGAAGGACUUUAUCGAAUAUCUGGAUAUAAAAAUCAAGUUGAAUUAAUUAUUAAUAAACUUAAUGAAGAUCCAAAUUGUGAUCUUAAUUCAUUAGAAGUUCCAGCAAGUGCUGUUGCAACAGCAUUUAAAGAUAUGAUGAGAAAAUUAGAUGAACCUAUUUUAUCAUUAGAACAAUUUGAUCAAUGUCAAUUAUUAACAAUUGAUCAAUUACGUGAACAAAAUUUUGUACCAAUACAAAAAGCAUUAUUACGUACAAAUGAUCUUAAAUAUCGAACAAAUAAAUAUAUUUUUAAACAUCUUCAUUUUGUUUCACAACAUGCUACAUUAACUCAUAUGGAUUCAUCGAAUCUCGCUGUUUUAUGGUGGCCUAAUUUAUUUCAACCACAAUUUCAUGAUUUACGUACAGCUGAACAAAUUUGUCAGAAAGCUAAACCAUUAAUUCAAGCAAUUAUUGAUAAUUAUCCAAUUAUCUUCACUUCUGAUCAAAUAAAAGAGAAGAUUUAA